AUGUCGGAAAAUGAUAGUGACAGUCCAAGAAUCUCAUUUUCUAACGAGUUUCGCCAUUCUGAUUCCAUACCAAUAGAGCAACGUCCGGUACAACCUCCAUUGGACUUCUCCAACUUCUACUGGGGCUUCCCUUUCGAGUUUUCGAUAUCACGCCACGCAAUCUCCGGCGAGAGCUCGUGGUCGGCCGAAGAGUUCUUCGAUGAAGGCAAAAUCCUCCCUAUAGAAAUGAAAAAGAUCCCGGAACCAAUAUAUCGUAACAAAUCAGAUAAAUAUAAAACCGGUUUACCUAAACCGGAUAUUAACCCAAUCGAAGAUUUUGAGAUAGAAGAAGUCGUAGACGACCAAGAAGAUGAGGUAAAGUUGCCAUUACUUGGGUAUAAUAACUCCACCGGUUUGAGUUCUAUGAAGCGUCAAGUUUCAUCUUCUUCUUCUUCUUCUUCUUCUUUAAACGAUGGUUUUAUGAAACCGGCACUGAAGAAGAGCCAUGGUCGAGGUUAUAGGUAUAGAGGCAAUGGAGGUGUGGUUAGGGUGAGUUCGUUUCUAGAUAUGGUUCCUUCGGGUAACAUGUUUGGGUUAGGUUCGAUAAAUCUUGAUUGUGGAAGAAACAAGAACAAGUUGAGAUCACUGUUUUUUUAUUGGUAAGAAUUACAUUUUGU